AUGGAUGACCAAGCUCUGGUCAAGGAUGCUGAGCUGGUCCGAGAAGAGGCCAUUAAUGCUCAUCACGAUCAUCUCAUUACCGAAAUAGAAUCUGCAGACGGUCCUUUGGCAACGACACUCAGAGCUGUAUAUGAUGGUGAUGACUUGGACAAAUUUAUGCAGAGGCUGGAUUGCCGAAUUAAAAAUCAUGACAAGGAAAUUGAACGGAUGUGUAAUCACCAUUACCAAGGAUUCAUCGAUUCUGUACGGGAAUUAUUGCAAGUCAGCAAUGAUGCUGCCAAACUUAAGGAAGAAAUACAGACUACUAAUGAUGCCCUUCAAAAAUCCUGUGCUCCUCUCCUGGCCAAAGGGGAGGAACUUAUCCAAUGUCGAAGGAUACAAAAGAACAUUGCCUCAGCCAUUGAAAAGCAGUUGGAGCAUACAUACUUGCCUAGAGUAAGCAGUCACUGGUUCUCUCAGACAAUGGGCGAUGCCAUUCCUAAGCUGCGAGAAAGCAUCAAAGAUGCUUCUAUGUCAGACCUGAAGGAUUUCCUGGAGAAUAUCCGCAAACAUUCAGCUAGAAUUGGAGAGGUAGCCAUGAGACACGCUGCUGAACAAAAUAAUAUUGAUCCCUCCAUUGCAAAACAGAGGCGGCGGCGACGACGGGCUCCACCUCCACCUAACCCAUUCACUGGAGAGGUAGAGAUUCAAGAGGAGCCAGAACCUGACCAGGUCGAUGAAGAGGGUGCCAGGGAAACAUUUGAAACAUAUUAUCGCAAACAGAGACGAAAACAAGCACGCCUUUCCUUAAAUCCUCCCUCAAAUAUGUAUGAAAGUUUAGAUGCCUAUAAGUUGUAUUUCCAUGAUGUUGUAGGUCAUACAGAGAUAGAUGAUAUGAUCCGGAAGUCAACCAAUCUUCUUUUGACCAGAACUCUCAGUGCUUGUUUAUCUACCCUCAUAAAAAAACCCUCCCUCAGCCUUUUGCAAUUAAUACAGAUUUCCAUUAACAUGAACAAUCUAGAGAACUCUUGUAGUUCACUGGAGGAAUACAUCUCUAACAUAACUGGUGCUGAGAAGGAUAGCAUUCAUGUAGCCAAACUACUUGGUACAUCUAUGUUUAAGGAUGCUCGAAGUGAAGCGGAAGAACAUAUCUACAAACAACUAAAUGUAAAAAUUGAUGAGUUCUUAGAUUUAGCACUACCAUCCCUUGGAAUGGUUAACAGGGAGCAGACUACUAUUUCUAAUUAUGAUUGGAUGUUGACUGAAUCCAAGGGCCAUGCCAGUGGAUACCUGAUGGAUCUUAUUGCUUUCUUACAAAGUACAUUUAUGUCAUUCACCAAUCUGCCUGAGAAGGUAGCACGGACAGCUUGCAUGUCAGCCUGUAAACAUAUAGCCUCCAGCCUCAUGGACUUUGUGUUAGAUAAUGAUGUUAAACAGAUAACAAUGGGAGCAUUGCAACAGUUCAAUUUGGAUUUAAUUCAAUGUGAACAAUUUGCUGCUUCAGAACCAGUGCCUGGAUUUAAUGAUGGGACGCUGCUACUUGCUUUUGCAGACCUCAGACAGCUACUGGAUUUAUUCCUGAACUGGGACUGGUCAGCUUAUUUGGCUGAUUAUGGGCAAGCCAAGUGUAAAUAUGUCCGUGUCAAGCCAGAUGUAGCUAUUUCUUUGUUAGAGAAGUUGAACAGCGGCGAUAAGAAGAAAUUUGUAUUUGCCUCUUUAAAGAAGAAUGAACGCGAUAAGAAGAAAUUGUUGGAUACUGUGUUGAAGCAGUUGAAGGGUUUGGUGAAUGGAACCGCCCCACAGCAAGGCAGUGGCCAGUAG